AUUUGAACAGGCAGCGGUCCUGAUUAUGAUGAUUUUCCUCCAGUAAUACAAAUAGAAUAAAGCUCCAUUAAUACAUAACAAUAUUAAGCAACAUUCGCUAGAUUUCUUGUAAGAACCAACCUCCUAGAUCAUGGCAUCCACUUUCUCCUCCUCCUCCUCCACCUUGUCACCUGCAUUUUCUAUUAACAACAACAAAUUAUUGGCCUCCUGCCCGUCUCAGAUUUCUUUUUUUCGAUCAUCCAAAAAUUUUGUUCCGCCAAAGAUAAAAUUAUUCGUCUCCACACGGACACGUAUCCAUGCCAGCAUUGGCACCACCACCCGGAUCACCAGCAAUGCCGAGGUUGAACAGACCAGCAGGUCCACGAAACCGAGGAUCCUGGUGUCCGAGAAGCUGGGAGAAGCCGGUCUGAAGCUCCUAAGGAGUUUCGGCGAGGUUGAUUGCUCUUAUGACCUCUCCCCUGAUCAGCUCUGCACCAAGAUCUCACAAUGUGAUGCCUUGAUUGUGAGGAGCGGCACUAAGGUGAGCCGGGCUGUGUUUGAAGCUUCUAAAGGGCGGCUUAAGGUGGUUGGCAGGGCGGGAGUGGGGAUCGACAAUGUGGAUCUCCAGGCGGCCACUGAGUUUGGAUGCCUUGUGGUGAAUGCUCCCACGGCUAACACCAUUGCGGCUGCAGAGCAUGGCAUUGCCUUGCUUGCCUCGAUGGCUCGUAACGUUGCUCAGGCUGAUGCUUCCAUCAAAUCCGGAAAAUGGCUGAGGAACAAAUAUGUGGGUGUUUCUCUAGUUGGGAAGACAUUAGCAGUAAUGGGAUUCGGAAAGGUUGGAUCUGAAGUUGCGAGGCGUGCCAAAGGCCUUGGUAUGAAUGUGAUUGCGCAUGAUCCUUAUGCCCCUGCUGACAGAGCCCGUGCAGCCGGAGUGGAAUUGGUUUCCUUUGACAAGGCCAUUUCCACUGCCCAUUUCAUCUCACUCCAUAUGCCUCUCACGCCUACCACUUCAAAGAUCUUUAACGAUGCCACCUUCUCCAAGAUGAAACCUGGAGUCCGGAUUAUAAAUGUGGCUCGCGGUGGUGUUAUUGAUGAAGAUGCAUUGGUCAGGGCCCUUGACAAAGGUGUCGUUGCCCAGGCGGCUCUUGAUGUGUUCGCGAAGGAGCCCCCGCCCAGUGAUAGUAAGUUGGUGCAGCACGAAAAUGUGACUGUCACGCCUCAUCUUGGAGCCAGCACGAAGGAAGCACAGGAAGGUGUUGCUGUUGAAAUAGCCGAGGCAGUUGUUGGAGCCCUGAAAGGUGAACUUUCUGCAACUGCUGUCAAUGCACCCAUGGUCCCAGCUGAGGUUCUAUCAGAACUGGCUCCUUAUGUCCUCCUAGCUGAAAAGCUUGGUAGGUUGGGUGUACAGCUGGUGGCCGGAGGGAGAGGAAUUAAGAAUGUGAAGGUGGUUUAUAGAUCAGCACGAGAUCCAGAUGACUUGGACACAAGACUGCUCCGUGCCAUGAUCACAAAGGGAAUCAUUGAGCCUAUAUCAAGCUCCUUUGUCAACCUGGUCAAUGCAGAUUUUACAGCAAAGCAAAGGGGCCUGCGCAUCAGUGAGGAACGAGUUGUUGUGGACUCAUCCCAGGUACAGCCUAUUGAUUCAAUCCAGGUCCAGAUAAGCAAUGUGGACUCAAGAUUUGCAAGUGGAUUGUCAGAGGACGGAAACAUUACCAUAGAGGGAAGAGUCAAGUAUGGGAUACCUCAUCUGACCCAAGUCGGAUCAUUUAGCGUUGAUGUUAGCCUUGAAGGGAACGUCAUAUUAUGCCGUCAAGUGGACCAACCAGGGAUGAUUGGGAAAGUGGGCAACAUACUUGCAGAGCGAAAUGUGAAUGUGAGCUUUAUGAGUGUGGGAAGGACUGUAAAAAGAAACGAAGCCAUCAUGGCAAUCGGGGUGGAUGAAAAACCAGACAAAGAUGCCCUGAAGCAAAUAGGGGAAGUUCCUGCUAUUCAGGAGUUUGUUUUCCUAGAAUUGUAGACAAAACAUGAUUUCCGGGACAUGUUGGAAUGACAGAAACCUAGAAACCUCAAGGAGGAUGUAAGGUUAUUCGUCAUUUCUUACGAGAGCCCCUUUCCUUUCUGUGUUAUGUUAUUAGUGUAGAACUUGAUUUGAAAACUAUAAGCGGUAUGUGCAGCCAUUGAGUGGUUUAGAUGGUUUGUGCAGCCUUGCUGUUAAGACAACAAGGUGGUUUAGUGUUUGAUGUUUAUGUAAUGUAUAAUUUUCUCUGAAUCAGAUGCACUGUCGGUUGUUGAGAAUGGCU